CUAAUUCUGCCACAUCCAGAGUUUCCUUGCUCUAGCCCUGGUCCUUACCAUCCCAGAUCGUCCUUAUCGUCGUUCACGGUUGAAGCAAUCAUCGGAGACCGACCGGGUUCGGGCUGUGAGAUCUGCAUGACAAUUCUGCUGUUCAGUACGGCAGUACUUACAGCAACCUUAAGAGUUUCCGGUUCUUGAAGCCCUUAAUCCGGCAGAUACCUCUACUAAAGGAGCGUUUCCCCCAAUCCUCCUUAAGCCUGCAUCCGGUCGGUUACUCGCGCGGGAUCAAAAGCUGGUGUACUUAUACCUGCUGAUCUCCAAGCGUCGGCCUCUUUAAGUCUGGUCGUAUUCCGUACCCGUCAUUUCUCAGAUCUACGGGAUUAGGGCAUACAACAUGUUCGCCCGGCUCCCGCAAAAAGCGCUUUUGGGGCUGUCUAUUCUGUCCUCACUCGCCGCGGCUGCCCCAUUCGUCCAAGAACGGGAUCUCACAUUCGACUACAACAAUCAGAAGGUCCGCGGUGUGAACCUUGGUGGCUGGCUUGUGCUAGAACCGUGGAUUACACCUUCGCUCUUCGAACAGGCCGGUAGCGGCGCUAUAGAUGAAUGGACUAUAUGUUCAAUUCUCGGUAAAAGCGAGGCAUACAACAGAUUGUCGAAUCACUGGAACACCUGGAUCACCGAGAGCGACUUCCAACAGAUUGCUGCGGCGGGUCUGAAUCAUGUGAGAAUCCCAGUCGGAUACUGGGCCGUCACUCCUUUGGACGGGGAACCAUAUGUGCAAGGACAGCUCAAUCUGCUUGAUCAGGCGAUCGGUUGGGCCCGAAACAGCGGUCUCAAGGUCCUCAUUGACCUCCACGGUGCACCCGGCUCGCAGAACGGAUUCGACAACAGUGGCCGCAAAGGCGCAAUCGACUGGCAACAAGGAAAUACAGUACCUCAGACCCUGCAGGCCAUUCAGGCUUUGGCCCAGAGAUACGCUCAGUAUACCGAUGUCGUCACCGCAAUUGAGCUGAUCAAUGAGCCUUUGAUCCCUGCUGGAAUUAACCAGGAUAGCCUCAAGCAGUACUACUAUGAUGGUUGGGGCAACGUCCGCGUAUCUAACAAUGACACCACUGUUGUCCUUCACGAUGGUUUUCUGGAGGUCGACUCCUGGAAUGGUUUCAUGGGGCCGUGGUCUGGUGUGUGGCACGUAAUGAUGGACACCCAUCAUUACGAGGUCUUCGACAAUGGCCAGCUGGGCCAGAACAUUGACGGGCACGUUAAUAUGGCGUGCACUUUCGGUCAGACGCAUCUCUACCACACCGAUAAAUGGACCAUUGUCGGCGAGUGGACUGGAGGCAUCACCGACUGCGCCAAGUACCUGAACGGCCGAGGCGUAGGCGCUCGGUACGAUGGCACGUACCCGGGCAGCUCGUGGAUUGGUGACUGCUCUGGAAAGUACCAAGGCACUGUGGACGGUCUGUCAGGUGCCGACAAAUACAACAUCCGUCGCUUCAUCGAGGCGCAACUGGACGCCUUCGAGAUGAAGACUGGCUGGAUCUACUGGACCUGGAAGACGGAGAGUGCCCCUGAAUGGGACAUGCAAAAGCAGCUGGCUGGUGGUCUCUUUCCCCAGCCUCUGACGGACCGACAAUAUCCCAACCAGUGCUCCUAGAGUGCUUGUAUAACCGAGCAUGGCAUUAAUAUGCAUAUAUUAUUACUCCUCAUCUUAGUGUAGCCAUAACGUCAAUAAUAAAUACUUGUGUC